GUUCAAAAUUUGUAAGCCUAACUCACAAUGCAUGAUGGUCCUUUCUCAUAAAAAUAAUGUAUCCAUCUUAUUGUUACUUGGUUAAACUGAGCCAUGCUUUUAAUGGGAGGAUAAACAGGCAUUCCUAGUGAUUGACCAGUGAUGAAGGUUUUGCUUAUUUGUUUUGUUCCUAUUUAGGAUUUUGAGUAUAUAAAACUGGUCCAGUAAUCUUGCUGUUGCUCUGGAGGGAUAUUUCAUUCCAGAAAGAAAUGCCUUAUGCAUUUGGACAAAAAUUUCAAGAAGAAAAUCUACAAAUGCUAGCGAUCAGCCUGGCAGGGAAUAUAUUUGGCUUCCCUUGGGGCAGCUUUGGCUGGUGUUGAAGUGUUUGCUGCCGCCAUGAAGAUAACAAGGCAUUUAAGAGACAGCUGGGCAAUUGUGCAGCUAAGCAGUCAUGAAGAAAAUCAGUGUGGUGAAUCUUGAUGCACUUUUAGAGGGCUUUUUAAAUAUAGAAAAGAAAAUAUCAGGGCUUCAUGGAAAAAAUAAUAUUCUUAGUCUUCAGUUAGAUGAAACAAACAAGUUACUGACAGCAAGUCAAAUGAAGGAAGAAUCAGCUAAAGAAGAAUGUGCUACACUCCAAAAUGUGAUUAAAGGUCUCCAACAAACUAUAGAAAACCAGUAUAAUUUGAGAGAUGAAAGUGAGAGACUGAAGAACACAGCUCAUAAUUUAGAAGAGAAACUAAAAUCCCAUGAACAGGAACAUAAAAAUAUGGUUGAUAGACUCAUGAGAGAAAUUGAAAAGAAGGAGGAGGAACACAAGCUUGAACAAUGGAAGCUGCACUAUGACAUGAAUAAAAAAUUUGAAGCCAUGGAGAAAGAGCACAAGCUACUAAUAGAGAAAAAAGAUAUGGAGAUUUUAGAAUUAACUAAACAACUCAGAGCACAAGAAAAAGAAAAACAGGAUGAGAUAAUCAAAUUGCAAAUAGAGUUCAAUGCUGAAUUGGUAAAGCUUCAGACCAAAAUGCCCAAGUCCUAUCCAAAUCCCACUUCACUGCCUCAAAACAUUUACAGAAGGAAGCUUCAGCAUUUUCAAGAAGAGAAGAAUAAGGAAAUUGAAGUUCUCCGUAAUACCAUCAGAAACUUGGAACAGAGGCUUGGCAAAGGUGAAGGUGUCCAUUUCAAAUGUUGACAGUUUUGAGAAUUACAUGAAAACACAAGUUGUCUGUUUAGGAAGUGUAACUGACAAGUAUCACACGAGGUUAAUUGCUUGUUUUGGUUUAUUAAAAGUUCUCUUAUCUAUCGUCAACAAAACAUGCUUUCCAGUUAUAUUCUUAACUACUUUCAUGCUUAACAAGUGUUCACCAUAAAAAAAUUCAAGUUUGUAGGGCAGUGACUUUCCCUAUGAAACCAUCAUGAACUACAGCAAGCACCAUCUAAGCAGUUUCUGUGUUGAACAUUUUCUUUCAUGCCUAAAUCCUCCACACACAAACACUCAAAAAUUCAUUUCAGAAAGACAAGGUGUUAACAAUGAGACAUACUAUUUAGCUAGAGAGAAACAUACAAGCUUCAUUAAUCUGUUAUAAAAGUAACCAAAACCAGUCCAAGAAUGACAAACCAACAGGAACUGUGAGA